UGGAGGUGGAGGCUGCGCUGGCCUCCGCGCGGCGCAGGAAGCCGGCAGGCGGGCGGGCAUGGCGGGCUGGUGGCGGGCGCUUCCGCGCGCGGCCCUGCGCUACCCCUGGCCCACCAACGUGCUGCUCUACACCGGGCUCUUCUCGGCGGGCGACGCGCUGCAGCAGCGGUUGCGGGGCGGCCCAGCCGACUGGCGCCAGACGCGGCGCGUGGCCACCCUGGCCGUGACCUUCCACGGCAACUUCAAUUACGCGUGGCUGCGCCUGCUGGAGCGCGCGCUGCCGGGCCGCGCGCCGCGCGUCGUUCUCACCAAGGUGCUGUGCGACCAGCUGCUCGGAGGGCCCAUCGCUCUCUCAACCUUCUACGUUGGUAUGAGCAUUCUUCAGGGAAAAGAUGACAUAUUUUUAGACCUAAAGCAGAAAUUUUGGAAUACCUAUAAGACUGGUCUGAUGUACUGGCCUUUUGUGCAGCUGACCAACUUCAGCCUGGUUCCUGUGCACUGGAGGACAGCUUACACUGGACUCUGUGGUUUCCUCUGGGCCACUUUCCUCUGCUUUUCUCAACAGACCGGGGAUGGUACCUUGAAGUCAGCGUUCAUUCUCCUCCGUACAAGGGCAGCUGGUGCAGCUGAGAGACCUCCAGAGAAGUGAGAAGUCGAGGACUCCUUUACCAUGACCAAGUUUUGUUUUCUUUUCCCUAAAGUACACUGGAUUGCUUACAGAGAAAAUACUUGAUUUACCAAUUAUGUGGUUUAUUGUGAAGAAUUAUACUCCCUAUACCUACUUGUUUUUUAAAUUUUAUAUUAUUAUAAUUAUAAUUUUAUUAUUAUUAUUAUUAUUAUUAUUAUUACUACUUUGUUUUUUAAAGGCAGGGUCUUUCUUGAGUUCUUGAACUCACCAUUAGCUCAGGCUGGCCUUGAAUUUGUUAUCCUUCUGCCUUGGCCUCCUGAGUGCUGGGACUACAGGAAUGUAUCACCACACCCAGCCCAAUUAUUAUUUUAAAUUUUAUCCAAAUCUAUUCCCUUUAUUCUAGUCUGAAAGUCUUACUUCUCAUAUAAUUGCACAUCUCUGCUAUUUUGGUUAAAAAUAUCAAUAAUGAGAAAGUGGCAUUUUAGAAUAUUAAUAUUUAUAUUGAAAUAUUUCAGUGCCAGUUGACUUCUGGAAAGCCAAGUUCUGAUUGUUUACAUGUCUAUUCUAAAAUCUCAGGCUGUCUCUUAAAAAAGUUGUUGAAUCUGAUUAACUUUUAUGUCAGAAAUAGUCUUCUCCAGUUUUGGUUUGCUGAUGUUGAGACAAGGCCUCACUAUGUACUUCCGGUUGGCCUUAAACUCACUGUGUAGUGCUGGCUGAUCUGGAACUUGUGACCAUCCUCCUGCCUUGCAGAAGUAGUCCUUGUAGUAAAAUUUCUAUUUCCAGAAGAUUUUUUUUUUUCAAAAAUGUAUUUAGUUGUUGCAGGGUCUCACUCCACAGCUCAGACA